AUGUUCGUCGACCAGCAGAAGAAGCAAAGGAGGGAGCAGAGGAUGGAGAAGGCGCCUGUGGGCCUUGCGCCGUACGGAAGAGCCACGGAGGGCCAGGAACCCCGCGUGCGUAUUAUUGGACAACGUUUUCAGGACCAAAACAGGAUGUUCAUCGAUAACAUCAUAGCUGCAUCAAGCUUGGGCUACAGAGGACUGUCCACUUGA